UGUUUCAUAAUAAUGUUGACAUACCUAUCGUGUUCAAUUAAGUCCCCAAAAAAUUAAUAUCGCGUGGUAUGUCCGCCAUAUAAUUGUGCGAUAACGAAGAUUCAUUAGAUUUAUAUGUGGUAUCUUAUUGUAGCUGAUAAACCAAGAAAGUCAUACAGUUCACAUUAGUGUAUAUGGAUAAACAUAGCAAUCAUUAUGAAAGAAGAAACGGGUUCGAGUGGGAAACUGGAAGAAAAUGAUGCUCAUAAAGGGAGAGAACUGAGAAAUGUAUUGAUAUUAUCGGGAAGUUUUACUGCAGUUUUUACCGCAUACCUCGCUAUACAAAAUCUACAGAGUAGUCUUAAUCAAGAACAUGGACUUGGAAUUAUUUCACUAUCUAGCAUGUAUGCAUGCAUAAUCAUUUCCGGAAUUCUUGCACCGACAAUAAUAAAAGUAAUCGGAGAAAAACGGACGCUUAUUAUCUCAUUUUUAUGUCACGUGAUUUACACAAUCACGAACUUUUAUCCCUCAUUCUUUACAUUGAUUCCAUCUUCUGUGCUAUUAGGUAUGACGGCUGGACCAAUGUGGACAUCUCAAAGUAUUUACAUUUCCGAAAUGUCAUAUUCCUACGCGACAACUUCCGGUAAAGAUAUACAUGCAAUUUUGAGCAAAUUCAACGGCAUCUUCUUUUCCAUGUACGAAACUACUCAGAUAACUGGAAAUUUAAUUUCAUCACUAGUUCUUCAGCAAGGUUCGUACAACGAUAAAUCUGCCAGCAAUGAGACAGUAAGUUACUGUGGUAAGACAGACUGUCCACUUGAAACGAACGCUACCAGCAUUGACGAACCGGAACAUCGUGUAGUUUAUAUUCUGCUAGGAAUAUUUUUAGCAUGUGAUAUUGCCGGUGUUAUCCUCACAUCAUGUUUUCUUCCGCCUUUGAAACAACAAGUUUCGAAACAAAAAACAAACGUUUUAAGUUCUCUGACUUUGUGCGGGAAAGGUUUGCUCGAUGUUAAUCUAGUUUUACUUGUUCCGCUAAUCAUGUUCAUGGCGAUGGAACAAGCGAUUCUGUGGACAGAUUAUACCAAGGCAUUUAUCAGCUGCCCUGUUGGAAUACAGAAAAUUGGGUUCGUGAUGUCGGCAUAUGGCGGCUCGACUACAUUUUUCGCUCUAAGUCUGAGUAAAAUAUCUCAAUACACUGGACGUCACUUGCUAUUUAUCGUGGCAGGGCUGGUAAACUUUGGUAUAUUGGUCACUCUAUACUUAUGGAUACCUCAACGUGAUGAUAUAACGCUCAUAUUUGUGUUGCCAGUCAUCUGGGGAUUGGCUGAAGGAAUAUGGCAAACGCAAUCUAAUGCGUUGGUGGCACUUCUGUUUCCGGAGAAGAAAGACGCUGCGUUCGCUAAUUAUCACACGUGGAAAGCUGUCGGGUUUUCUAUAACGUUUGUCUAUGGGAACUUUUUAUGUGUCUCAACAAAACUUAUGAUAGCGUUAGUUCUACUUGUGGUUGCUAUGACUUUAUAUGUGAUUGUAGAAAUUCGAGUUACACGUAGGAAACGUUCUAUAUAUGAAGUGAAAUAAUUUUCAACCAGGACAGCUUAAUGAUCUUUAGGUGCUUAAAAUCAUGUAAUCAUAACAUGUCUUUCAACUUAAUAUAUUGUUUACAUGUACUGUAAAUUAAAUAUUGCGGAAUUUUCACACAAAAAAAAUGACAGCGUCGUGUUUUAUUUGAAACUCCUUAAAAGCACAAGAGAUUAAAUCAACUAUCAGUCAAACGUUAUUAUCUAGUAAUCUUGAUAUUCAGUAUUUCAUCAGUUACAGAACAUUUAUUAAUUAUAAAUCUGUCAGUGUAAGUUGCAGCAUAUCACAAUCAUUGGCAUUUUUUAUUUACAAAGAUUUCUACAACCAAGUACUUUUAUAUGUAUCCCCCGAUAUUCUGACAUAUUCCCAGUUUAAGAUCUGUUUUACGAGGGGAAAACCCC